CUCAUAUGUUAUAUUGCAUUUUUAUGUAUGUGUGAAAUUAUUUUACAUGCAGUGAUUCUCAUUUUAAAGUGAAUGCCGAGUAAGAUACUGACUUAAUCAGGAAUUAAGCUAGGGAGAGAAAAGCUGUGGAAGAAGGAGUAAACGAUGCUUAAUUUUGAGCUCUGAUAAUGUGUCCUGUGUGGAGACUUGACACAAGUGUUUGACACUUUAGAGCUCUCCAGAAUGUUACAGUGAGUAGCCUGAUGGGCUGAGCAUCUCUAGGUGGAGAUUGCUGAAAGCUACAAGAUGGAAGAAGCUAGUGUUAUCCAGCAUUCCUGCUGAGUAUAUAACUUACUGCCACUUCUGAUCUUUGAAGAGAGAUUUAUUGCUUCCUGUGGCAAUACUGAAUACUCAAAAGAGUGUGUUCUGACAUCAAGAGCUGCAUGAAGAAUAGCCAACAUGAAGAGAACAAAUCAGUCCAGGCAGAAGUGCAGAAGCAUCAAGAACCUAAAUCAGGAAGGUGAAAUGGAAGGUGAGGCAGUCGAAUCUAUCGUGGAGGAAUCAGAAACUUUUAUUAAAGGGAAAGAGAGAAAAACCUAUCAAAGACGCCGUGAGGGUGGGCAGGAGGACGAUGCUUGUCACAUACCACCAAACCAAGCAGAUGGGGGUGAAGUAGUGCAGGAUGUCAACAGUGGUGUGCAGAUGGUGAUGAUGGAGCAGCUGGAUCCAACUCUUCUUCAAAUGAAGACUGAAGUGAUGGAAGGCGCAGUGCCUCAAGAAACGGAGGCUACAGUGGAUGACACGCAGAUCAUAACGCUUCAGGUUGUUAACAUGGAAGAGCAGCCCAUAAACCUUGGUGAGCUUCAGCUGGUCCAAGUACCUGUACCAGUGACUGUACCUGUUGCCACCACAUCUGUGGAAGAACUUCAGGGAGCUUAUGAAAAUGAGGUUUCCAAAGGAGGCCUGCAAGAGGGAGAGCCCAUGAUAUGUCACACCCUCCCUUUACCAGAAGGCUUCCAAGUAGUGAAAGUGGGUGCAAAUGGUGAGGUGGAGACACUGGAACAAGGUGAACUUCAGCCACAAGAAGAUCCCAAUUGGCAAAAAGAUCCAGACUACCAGCCACCAGCCAAAAAAACAAAGAAAAACAAAAAAAGUAAGCUUCGCUAUACUGAGGAAGGCAAAGAUGUGGAUGUCUCUGUGUAUGACUUCGAAGAGGAGCAACAGGAGGGUUUGUUGUCUGAGGUCAAUGCAGAAAAGGUGGUGGGCAAUAUGAAGCCGCCCAAACCAACAAAAAUUAAAAAGAAAGGUGUAAAGAAGACAUUCCAGUGUGAACUGUGCAGUUACACUUGUCCACGUCGUUCCAACUUGGACCGCCACAUGAAAAGCCACACUGAUGAAAGACCGCAUAAGUGCCAUCUCUGUGGCAGGGCUUUCCGGACAGUCACGUUGCUGAGGAACCACCUCAACACUCACACAGGUACUCGCCCUCAUAAGUGCCCAGACUGUGACAUGGCCUUUGUUACCAGUGGAGAGUUGGUUCGGCAUCGCCGCUACAAACAUACCCAUGAGAAACCAUUCAAAUGUUCAAUGUGUGAUUAUGCUAGUGUGGAGGUUAGCAAAUUGAAACGCCACAUCCGUUCUCACACCGGAGAGCGUCCAUUCCAGUGCAGCUUGUGCAGCUAUGCCAGCAGGGAUACCUACAAACUGAAGAGGCACAUGAGGACCCACUCUGGGGAGAAGCCAUAUGAAUGUUACAUCUGCCAUGCUCGCUUCACUCAGAGUGGGACCAUGAAGAUGCACAUUUUGCAGAAGCACACGGAGAAUGUGGCCAAAUUUCACUGUCCUCACUGUGAUACUGUUAUAGCGAGAAAGAGUGACUUGGGUGUCCACUUGCGAAAGCAACAUUCCUACAUUGAGCAGGGCAAGAAGUGUCGCUACUGCGAUGCAGUGUUCCAUGAGCGGUAUGCCCUCAUACAGCAUCAGAAGUCUCACAAGAAUGAGAAGCGCUUCAAGUGUGACCAGUGCGAUUAUGCAUGCAGACAGGAGCGGCACAUGGUCAUGCACAAACGGACCCAUACUGGAGAAAAGCCUUAUGCCUGUAGCCAUUGUGAUAAAACCUUCCGUCAGAAACAGCUUCUCGAUAUGCACUUCAAACGAUACCAUGAUCCUAACUUUGUCCCUGCUGCCUUUGUCUGUUCCAAGUGUGGCAAAACAUUCACUCGCAGGAAUACAAUGGCCAGACAUGCUGAUAAUUGCUCUGGCCUAGACGGUGGGGAAGGAGAGAAUGGAGGAGAGACAAAGAAGGGCAAACGUGGCCGAAAGAGAAAGAUGCGGUCUAAGAAAGAAGACUCCUCUGACAGUGAGGAAAAUGCUGAACCAGAUUUGGAUGAUAAUGAGGAUGAAGAGGAGACAGCAGUAGAAAUUGAGGCUGAACCAGAAGUUGAGCAAGAGGCUCCUGCACCACCUCCUAGUAAGAAACGAAGAGGAAGACCACCAGGCAAAGCUGCCACCCAGCCAAAACAAUCUCAGCCUGCAGCAAUCAUUCAGGUUGAAGACCAGAACACUGGUGAAAUUGAAAAUAUUAUAGUUGAAGUAAAGAAGGAACCUGAUGCAGAAACAGUAGAGGAAGAGGAGGAAGCUCAGCCUGCUGUAGUGGAAGCUCCCAAUGGAGACCUCACUCCUGAGAUGAUUCUCAGCAUGAUGGACCGGUGAUGGAGGAAGACCACGCUGGCUGACUGAACUGGCCUGGGCUGUGUUUAAGCGGCUCAAAUCUAUUUUUUCCUUUUAUCUUUUUUCUUGGCUUUGGGAAAUGCAUCAUUUUAGACCAGUUUACCAAACAUACUGGGAAAUAAAAAGUUCAAAAUGAUGUUAGAAUGUGAUUUAACUAGAACUUGCUGUUUUAUGUUAGCAUUACAGGAUCAUGGAACAUUAGGAAAUAUUUUGGAGUCCUUGAGGGUUUCCUGUGAGAUGGUUGAUUUAGUUUUGCUCUGAACUGCAUUGUAAAGCUGGUCCAGGGGCUGUGGUUACAUGCACCAAGUUUUAAAACACAAAAGCAGAAGCCUUGACUAGAGUACGUGGUACACCACUCUGGACUUGCCCUUCCAGUUCCCAGAGUCCUUGAACCUCUUUCUCUCCGUAGUGUUUUUAACUGUAAAUGCAGACUUGGGAGGGUUCUAGACUUUUAAAACGUUUUUUGCUUUUCCCUGCUGACUAGCUCCGGUUCUCCAAGUCGGCUGCACACAGUGGUUUUGGCAUGCUCCAACUGGUUUCUGUCCUUACUAUGCUUUGCUUUCUGCAAAGCAUUUCUGUAAUGGUCAAGCUUGUAAAUAACUUUUUUUUACAUUUUGAUCUUUUUCCAUUAAUUAAGAAGUAUGCAAAAAUGCAGUUUAAAUAAAGCCCAGUAUUUUAAUUCCUUUCAAACUAAGUGACAAGACAAAUGGAUAGAGUGUAAAUGUUGGAAAAGCUGUUGAUAACCAAUUGUGUAGAGAAGAGACAUACCCAGACUAUUGCUUGCAGAACAAGAGAAACCCACACAUGAAAUCUGGUUUUAAAGCACACAAAAGUGGCAUUUGGAACAUGUAUAAUUAACCACCUUUUUGAGUUACAGUUUCAUGACUACAUUUUCUUUGCUCUAUCUUGUAGUUGUAUUUCGUGUUUAUGAAUCCUAUGUUAAGGCAGAAGUGGUGAUUUCUAAGUGGGUCACUACAGCCCUCCAAACCCGGGCCAGGAAAUUUUAAUAGGUCAGUAAUUCCACAAUUUUGGAUCUCUUGAUAAAGACAAAAAGGAAUAAUGUGAAAUACAAAUGAUGCCUGUAUAUGAACCAUCACGUUAAAAUAUGUAAGCUUUUUAUAGAGCCUCAGUCUUGCUGAUUUCAAACAAAUUUUUCUUCUAUGUAUCGCUUUUAAGAGAGCUAUCAGUUUAGCUAUCAGACUCUAGGUUGAUGCAUUUUUGUACUUAGCUGUACUGUGUGAUAUUUUUCAUUAUUUUAGGAAGCCAACAUGGGGAAUAAAAAAUACUGUUAUAAAAUAUGUAAUGGGGUUUGAAAGCUGGGAAGGAGAAUAUACUGCUGUACAGCUAAUAAAUAAUAAUGGAUUAACA